CAGACUACUUAUCAGUUUGGUAAGAAAUGAUGAGAAGUUGUUCGAAAUAGUUAUAAAUAUGAGUGAUCACUUGAAACUAUAUCAAAAGUAUGUUGAAAAGGGCGAGGUUGAUAGUCCUGAACAUGAAGCAAUAUUCAGGGAAACACAACAUACUUUUGGUCCAUUAAUUGCAUCUUACUUUGAAGAAAAAAAAACCAAAUCAAACAGGCUCAAGUCAAACCAAUUGAGCUUGGCCAAAUAAGUAAAGAUGGAAUCUGUAGAGCCCUAUUUUUAGUGUUUGUGAAUGUUUCUUCAGUUAUGGACCACUUCAACAAUAAUCUAGGCUUAAUGUUUGACCCUAUAUUUUCGAUGAUAAAUCAUAGCUGUGAUCCUAACUGUACCUUAAUCUGGAGAGAUGAUGGUGAAAUUUUAAUCAAGUCUGUCAAACGGUUGAGAGCAUCCAAUGAGAUUCUGUUGAACUAUAUACCCGUGCAUCUGCCUAGAGAAAUGAGAAAAAAAAUGCUAAGAAACUCUUUUUUUUUUGAUUGUGAAUGCUUAAAAUGCACUGUAUCGGAUAAAGAUUAUGACGCUAUGCUACCAAUAAACUGCUUGUUCUGUAAUCAUAACAAUAGAGGUUUUGUUCUUGAAAAUUUCGAGAAAUUUGAAAGUGUGCCUGAUAUUGGUAAAAAGAAAAUGUGUAACAACUGUGAAAAUAUCAUCGAUGUGGACGAGAUAUUUCAGAACUAUCUGGAUAUUUUCAGAUUUUUUAGAUCCCUCAACAAAGAAGCUGAAAAACUUCAAGACUUCUGUAGCUGGACACUCGAAUCUGAAAAUGUUAUGAAUAUGGAUACUCAGACUUUUCGAAAUGGUGUCAAACUUCUACAAAAAAGCUAUGAAAUAGUACCUCUCAAAUCUUGGCCUAUGAUAACAUUAUUGAACGUAGUUAAAAUUGGAUUCCAAUUCCGAGACCCUUUUGACAUUAAAGUGCUACGAAUGACUUAUUUGACCAAUUUUCUUACAGAAAAUAUGCUAGAAAGUGAGUACAGACUUAAGGUAGACAUUGGUGCCUCAUUGUACGAUUUAUCGGUAGUUUCAGCAGACUAUUUAUUUGACCAAUACUUGAGAUACAAGGAAGAAUUGGAUGAGGAAAUAUUAGAUGCCGUCGGGAAAGGCUCGUUCUCGUUAUGCAUCUUGUCUUACAAACAUUUGCAAGAACGCUUUAGCGACAGCAAUGAUAGCGAAAGUGAAAAAUCAAUGGAGAGAUCCCAAAAAGAUAUGGUCCAGUUGGCGCUAGAGAUACGAAGAUUGCUAGAGCAUUUUGAGCGUCGCAAAAGAGGAGAGAAGAACAGAAAAGGAAGCAAGGCUAGCAACAGGAACAAUAGCACCGUUAGUUCUCAAAAUAAAAACCUCGUCCUUCGUUCUACCGCUACAGCGGGAGCUGAAAACGGCAACUAUUUUGACAAUUACACGCAAAAGGUUUUCGAGGAGAGCAUUAUCAACUAUGAAAGGUACAUGGAGUGUGGCGCCGCAACUCAGUUCAAGCCAAUUUUGCUGUCCUUAACAACACCAGACUACAAAACUUUCUCCCUCAAGGUCCCCAGAAGCCUCGGAAGUAAAAACGGUCUCGAUAAAGGUGUUGGAAAGGGUUCAGGAACAUGCGUCAAGACGGACCAGGAGCUUAUCGGUGAAAGCAAAGUUGCCGGAAGUCCGAGCCCAUUUGUGGCGCGGCCAACUUGGGUGGCGCAGCUCUGGAGUUGAGCUCAGUAUUGCCGAGAAAAAUCGCUCUGCACUCUCGUGGUGAUCUCAUUUUGCUCUGCUGUUAUGUUUUUCUGUCUAAACCUAUUCGGCUGAGCUUUGAGGAGUUUAUGUAAUGUGUAAUAUAUGCCGUAUUUUGCAUUUGGGCUUCCAC